GGGUUCCGCGUCCCCGGCAGUUAGGAAGACAGGUCUUGAAGGGGCCUUGACGGGUCCCCGCGCCCGGCGCAGGGGACACGGGCUCCCUUCCUCCCGCGGGAGUUCUGUGUAGUCCGGGUACGAUGUGCUGUCCCACGCCCACAGGCUCGUGCUUUUCCUCUGCGCCCCGACGUCUGCGACCCGGCACGGAGUAGUGAGCACCUCCAUAGCCCCAUAAGUUCUAGCAUCCCUGCCGCCGUUUUCUCUCAGGCUUUGCCAUGCCAGUGGUGCUGGGUUUUGAAGGUAGCGCCAACAAGAUUGGCGUGGGAGUGGUGCGGGAUGGCGAGGUGCUGGCGAACCCGCGGCGGACUUACGUCACGCCUCCAGGCACAGAUGUUAUGAGCCUCCUGUGGAGUUGGACCUAUGAACGGGUUUUCAUACUGUAGCAUGGUCAAUGGUAUACAGAAAUGGAAUUGAGAAAAUGAAGAGGAGACAGAUGAGUGGAAUGCCUCCCAGCUUAGGAUUCCUUCCAGGUGAUACUGCCCGGCACCACCGAGCUGUUAUCCUAGACCUGCUGCAAGAGGCACUAACAGAGGCUGGCUUAACCUCCCAGGAUAUCGAUUGUAUUGCUUACACCAAAGUUUCUAAGAUUCUAGUUCCCAUUUCUGUCCUCCUAGGCCCUGGCAUGGGUGCUCCGCUGGCUUCUGUGGCCGUUGUGGCCCGUACUGUGGCCCAACUAUGGAAUAAGCCCUUGUUGGGUGUGAACCACUGCAUAGGCCACAUUGAGAUGGGUCGCCUCAUCACUGGAGCCACCAGCCCGACUGUGCUAUAUGUCAGUGGGGGAAAUACACAGGUGAUUGCAUACUCAGAACAUCGCUAUCGCAUCUUCGGGGAAACCAUUGAUAUAGCCGUUGGUAACUGUCUGGAUCGUUUUGCUCGCGUGUUGAAGAUUUCCAAUGACCCAAGUCCAGGAUACAACAUCGAACAGAUGGCAAAGCAAGGCAAGAAGCUAGUUGAGCUGCCGUACACUGUAAAGGGAAUGGACGUCUCUUUUUCAGGGAUCUUGUCUUUCAUUGAAGAUGUAGCUGAACGGAUGCUGUCCACAGGCGAGUGUACUCCUGAAGAUUUGUGUUUCUCUCUGCAGGAAACCGUGUUUGCAAUGCUGGUAGAGAUCACAGAGCGAGCCAUGGCACACUGUGGCUCCCAGGAAGCCCUCAUUGUGGGAGGUGUCGGGUGUAACGUAAGGCUGCAAGAGAUGAUGGAAACAAUGUGCCAGGAACGCGGAGCCCAGCUCUUUGCCACAGAUGAGAGAUUCUGCAUUGACAAUGGAGCCAUGAUCGCUCAGGCUGGCUGGGAGAUGUUUCAGGCUGGACACAGGACCCCCCUCAGUGAGUCUGGGAUUACACAGAGGUAUCGGACAGAUGAAGUAGAAGUUACCUGGAGGGACUAAUAACAUAACGGGGAUCAGAAUAGAUAGUUCCCUAAGUGGAGUGCAGAGGACCCUGAGCCUGUCUGUAUCCUGACAUGUGAGUCCUAACAAGACUCUGAACUUCCCUCUCCCUUGGCAAGACUGAACUCCAAGGAAGGCUUAGGGUCGCCUAUGGAACCCCAAGUAUUUCAGCAAUAAAAUAUUUUUGGUUUUGUAUGUUGAUUAUCAGA